CGGGGGGCGUCCCCUUGCGCCCGGGCCCCGCGCUGGCGCCCCCCGGGCCGCCGCCCGGCGCGGGGGCCAUGGCGUUCACCUUCGCCGCGUUCUGCUACAUGCUCACCCUGGUGCUGUGCGCCUCCCUCAUCUUCUUUGUCAUCUGGCACAUCAUAGCCUUUGACGAGCUGCGGACCGACUUCAAGAACCCCAUCGAUCAGGGGAACCCAGCGCGGGCACGCGAGCGUUUAAAAAACAUCGAACGCAUCUGCUGCCUCCUGAGGAAGCUGGUGGUCCCAGAAUACUCCAUCCACGGCCUCUUCUGUCUGAUGUUUCUGUGUGCAGCAGAGUGGGUGACCCUGGGCCUCAACAUCCCCCUCCUCUUCUACCACCUCUGGAGGUACUUCCAUCGUCCUGCGGAUGGCUCCGAGGUCAUGUAUGAUGCGGUCUCCAUCAUGAAUGCUGACAUCCUCAACUACUGCCAGAAGGAGUCCUGGUGCAAACUCGCCUUCUACCUGCUCUCCUUCUUCUAUUACCUGUACAGUAUGGUUUAUACGUUGGUGAGUUUCUAAGGGGGAAGCCGGCCAGGGAGCAAGCCCAGAAUGGACCGGACGCCUGUGCACCCCCAGCCCUGCCCCUCGGCCGCAGAGGCCUCAGCCCCAGGGAGGGAGGGGGCACUGGUGCCCCCAGCCUCCUCUCCACGCCCCCCCCAAACUGCUGCUGCGGGGACCUCCCGCCUUCAGAGCCCCCUCCCCUUGGACUAGGGCUGGGCAGAGCUCUAAAUAGGGGCAGGGGCUCCUCUGCCAGCCUGUAGGCAUGGCAGUCAGUCUUGGAAGGGGUGGAACCUCCAGCCUUGUCCACUUCGGUGGGGGGGGGGAUGGACACGGGCCCUGCCAAGGGGCAGGGCUUGACCCUGGAAGUUCUAGGCCACCCCCCUCCACCCCCACCCUGAGGCUCCCCCUGCAGGUGGGGGGGUACCCACACCGGGAAUGAGCAGGCUCAGCAGGGGGGCAGCCCCACCCCUAGUCUGCCCUCUCCCCUCCCCCAGGCUCUCUCCCCAGAUCUCCCCCUUCCCCAUUCCCACUUGCCCCAACCCCAGCCUGUCCUGUCUCUUGGACCUAUUUUCUAUGUUGCCUGGAGGAGUCCGGCACCCCCUCCCCGGCCAUUUGUGACAAAAUAUGAAUAAACUACUGCAAACA